AUGUCCUGCGACAAGCCAACCCUCCCUUCUUGUGAGGGGGAAACUCCCCCUGUGGCGGGUUUGUCGCCGGAAAACCAAGAAGAGCGGCCGUGGUGGUACAGCCACGUGCACUACCCGACGCGGCGCGCAGUGCAGCGAGCUUUCGAAGAAGGAGUCGAAGAUUUCCGAAAAGUGAUUGAGUCGGAGUUCAAGUUGCUGCAGGAACACGACCGCAGAGAGGCGAAGCGCCUGGCGCACCUGCAGGCGGGGGGCCCCCCAGGGGGCUCCCCAGGGGGCCCCCCAGGGGGCCCCCCUGGGGGCCCCUGGACUUCUGCGAGUCAGCCGUCUUUGGAGGUUUUCUUGAGUCAGAUUUGCUGUUUCGACAGGGAGAGUAUUGAGAAGGUGACUGAAACCCUAAACCCUAAAUCAGUGGAUGAUUUGAUUUACUGCUGCUUGGAGGCCCUGUGGGCCCCCGCCCCCAGCAGCAGCAGCAGCAGCAGCAGCAGCUGCGGCAGCAGACUCAGCGCAUGUGUGGAGGACCUGCGGAAGUUCUUGGCAGCAAAUAAAGGCAAACAAAAUACCAGGGGGGCCCCCCAAGGCGAAAAGAAGGGUCUGGGGGCCCCCCCCUCAAAUGUCUCUUCCCAAGAAACAGCUGCCAGCUGCGACAGCAGCAGCAGCAGCAGCAGCAGCAGCAGCAGCAGCGGCAGCGACGUGAACUUGUGCUCCAGCUUCGAAUCCACUCCAGCGAGUUCCCAGGGCUCACUGGGCCCCUGGGGGCCCCCCAUGGGGGCCCCCAGGGGCCCCCUGGGGGCCCCUCCCAGGGGCCCACUCACGGGAGCCCCCAGGGGGCCCCCCAAGGGGCCCCUGAAGAGGGCUGAAGAGCUUGCUGAGAGGCCCCCGUUUUGUUUAAUUGGAAUAGAAAAAGAAAAAAGAAAAAGUUUGAUUGAAAUGCUUUUCAAAUUCAUCGCCAAGUACCUCAACGAAAUGCAACUCGUGAUGCUUAGAGAAAACAUGAGGGACAUAGCCGAUGCCCUUGCCACUCACGGCUGCCUCUCCCUGUCGGACCUUGCGGAGCUUCUGCAGCAGCAGCAGCAGCAGCAGCAGCAGCAACAGCAGCAGAAGCGUGAGCAGCAGCAGCAACAGCAGGACACUGAAAUGGAGGAGGAGGAAGCGGAAGCCACAGCUAGUGGGGCCGGACCGACAGCAGCAACAGCAGCAACAGCAACAGCAAAUUCCCGGCAGAGCCAGCAGCUGCUGCGGCUGCUGCUGCAGCAGCAGCAGCAGCAGCAACAGCAGCAGGCAGCAGAACAAGAAAGGCGAGAAAGACAGCAGAUCUCCUCGGACAAGGAAUUCAAGAAGGUCGCUGACAGGGUGUACUCCUACGUGCACUUCGACCGCUUCGUCUUCGACCAAAUCAUCGACACUCCUUACCUCCAGCGCCUCCGCCAUUUGGCCCAACUGGGGGCCUGCAAGUUCGUGUUCCCCUCGGCCACCCACACGCGCUUCGAACACUCCCUAGGGGUAGGGUUGGGCGGCGGUGAACUUUACCCGCCAAUUACUUCAUGA